UCGGCCCGUGGCAAGUGGCAACGCCGUUUAGAUGGCAAACAGGGGCAAUAUGUAAUAUUGCCUUGUAUUAUUUGUUUUCUAUUUAGACUAUUUAUUACUUAGAUAAAUUGUAAGUUGAAACAAGGAACAAACUGAAAACUAAAUUCCACAAAGACGCUGACAACGCCUAGGUUUAUACGCGCCGGCACACAGCGCCAAUAUGCAUCAACAGCACAUGGAUCUCCAUGCCCCAGUGGACCUAAACAAGUCCCUGGACGAAAUGACGCCGGAGGAGCGAAUGCGCGCCGAGCACCAGUUAAUGGUUGAGAAGCAUAAGGGCCACGAUGCCAUGCACUCGGAAAUGGUUAUCAUAUUGUUUAUGACAUUGGUCAUUGCCCAAAUCAUAUUGGUCGAGUGGAAGAAGCGUCACUACAGAUCCUAUGCAUUUGUCACACUGCUGGCCAUGUGGCUAAUACCGCUUAUUAUCUCGUGCACGUUCCUCUGGGUACGUUUUAUUGUCAUUUGGCUUAUAUUCACGUGCAUUACGGCUCUCGUCAUGCGUCGGGCCACAACAAAACCAAUACAGGGCACAACGCCCAGGCUCGUCUAUAAAUGGUUUUACUUUAUCUACAAGCUAAGCUAUGGCCUGGGCAUCAUUGGCUAUCUGGUCAUAAUGGCCGCCUUUCUUGGCAUGAACUAUAUAUUUUCACAGCCGCCCCAUAUCUGGAUGGAUGUGGGUCUUAUGUUCUGUUUCUAUGGCCUCUAUAUUGGCGUACUGGGCCGCGAUAUAUCCGAGAUAUGUUCAGAUAAAAUGGCAGCAGCCAUUGGUUACUAUACGCCUCAGGGCAUGCCCACACGACAUCUAGAUCAGAAUGUAUGUGCUGUAUGUGGCAAUCAGUUGCUGGUCUCUGAAAAAGAAGAGGGCGUCAUCGAGAACACCUAUAAGCUGUCGUGCAAUCAUGUGUUCCAUGAGUUCUGCAUACGAGGCUGGUGCAUUGUAGGCAAGAAGCAAACGUGUCCUUACUGCAAGGAGAAAGUCGAUUUACAGAAAAUGUUUCGCAAUCCUUGGGAGAAACCACAUGUACUCUAUGGCAGGCUGCUGGAUUGGAUUCGAUGGUUGGUCGCAUGGCAGCCGCUCAUAUUCUUCAUAGUACAAGGCAUCAACUGGAUGCUGGGCCUCGAGUAGGCGAGCAAGAGUAACUGUCCAAUUGCGUCUAGUCAAGCACAUAAAUUGCCUAACACACACACUGUGCUUUACACUAACAAACCAACCAACCAACCACAAACAAGACCAACUAUUGCAAGAAACCAAAAAAAAAAUCCAAAACAAUUAUAAAAAUGAAGUGCACAGCUAAAUCCAAGCGAAUGAGCAGCAUUGGCUGGAGCAGUUCAUCUAUGGCUUCCUUCAAUUCCUUCAAAGCUUGGUUCCACGUCCCCCCUAAUUGAAUUUUUUGUUGCACAUCUUCAGUUUCAGUUCUGUCACGUUAAGGUCCAUAGUUGAAGCAGAGACCAUGCAUCUAUCUACAUAUAUAUUUCCAUUUAUUCACUAUUUUAAGCUGUAUAACGAUUAACUGGUAUUUUAGAUAUAUAUACAUAUAUAUAUGAGUACAUAUAUAAAUAUAUAUGUAUAUAUACU